AGGCAGGCCCCCAGGAUGGCGAUGCUGGCAGAGCCCCGUAGAAGGCAGAAGUGGUCUGUGGAUCCACGAAACAGUGCUUGGAGUAAAGAUGAAUCUAAAUUUGGCCAGAAGAUGCUGGAAAAGAUGGGCUGGUCCAAAGGAAAGGGUCUUGGGGCUCAGGAACAAGGGAAUACAGAACAUAUCAAGGUUCACGUGAAAAACAACAUGCUGGGGUUAGGAGCAACCAUCAAUCACGAGGACAGCUGGAUUGCUCAUCAGGAUGACUUCAACCAGCUUCUGGCUGAACUGAAUGAUUGCCAUGGACAGGGUGAAACAGAGUCCUCAGCAAGUGAUCAGAAGAAAUUUAGUCUUGAAGAAAAAUCCAAAUCUUCCAGGAAACGUGUCCAUUAUAUGAAGUUUGCGAAAAGUCCCUGUGAUCUUGCCAUCCAAGCACAAAUGCCAAGGCAUCAAAACAGUUUCACCCCAGCUAUUCCUGAAUUGCCUCCUUCGUGGUGCGUUCUGCAAGUCCGCUUGCUUAGCUGUGAAGUUGUUCUUCUGGGGUAG